AUGGCUCCACAUACGGGUUCAGCUACUCCUGAACAAAUUGAUGCACUCCUCAAUUUCCUGGACGAACAUAGGGAUCUUGCGCGCGGGAGAUUGAGGAGUCUAGAAGGAAAAGUCCAGGCGAAGAGUCUGUGGGAUGAAUUGUGCAAUACGCUCAAUUCCAUGGGCGGUUGCACAAAGACAGUUCAGCAGUGGCAAAAGACGAAUGAAUCCAGACCAUCAACCUACAGUCAAGGAAGCCAACUGCAGCAGCAGAGCCUGGACUUGCAUGUAGAAGUUGAGGAGUACGCCGACCCAAGCAAAGAAAGCCAGCAGGUCUACUCUAGUUCAACGAAAAACGAAAUUUCGAUCGAAAUUGAUACACAAGCCUCACAAUCUGCAUGUCACAGAAGAAUACGAUCUGCUGCUGGCUCCGAUGUCAGAAGCAGAUUGUACCAGUAUGAAGAUGGACGUGCAGAGAGAGAGAGACAGUGA